GGGACUCCCUGCGACUAACUGACAGUGGCGACAGCCGGGCCGCCAAGACCACAAGGUGAUGGAGGCUUGUUGCUGCCGCCGGGCGCUGCUGAUAGCGCUGAUCCUGAGCUGUGUGCCGCCCCCGGGCACCGGGCCCGCUCCAGCAUCAGCCGGACACACCCGCAGGUGUGUGAGCGGGGAGCGGGGGCUGAUGGAGCGUGUUGCCCCCGGUGUCAUGCCCGGCCCUAGCUGCCCCUCGCUGGGUGCGGGGGUGAGCAGCGGGCAGGCGGUGCGGAGGAGCACGGUGGUGGCGGAUGACGUGGCCUUCCGAGAGAGGAACAAGUUCCUGGCGGCCGUGCAGCGGCAACAGUGGCUGAAGACCAUGAUGAGCCGCCUGGUCAUUGGUCAGUAGGUCUGGAGCCGCUCCCUGAUGGGCUGCUGAUUGGUCAGUAGCCCCCGAGUGGAUCCCAGGGCUGCUGAUUGGUCAAUAGCCCCCGAGUGGAUCCCAGGGCUGCUGAUUGGUCAAAAAUCCCCGAAUGGAUCCCAGAUCGACUGCUGAUUGCUCAAUAGCCCCGAAUGGAUCCCAGGGCUGCCUAUUGGUCCCUCAGCCGCUUCCUGGUAGGAUGAUGAUUGGUCCAUCGUCCCCGAGUAGAUCCCAGCAUCGGCAGCUGAUUGGUCAAUCUCCUCAAGCAGAUUCCAGGGCUGCUGAUUGGUCAAGUCCCUGAGUGGAUCCCAGGUCGACCUUGAUUGAUCAGCCGUCUUCCAGCGGAUUCCAGCUCAGCAGCUGAUUGGUCAGUAGUCCUGGAAGGGACACCAGCUCAUACAUCUGUUUACCUGCUGAACUCAAUAAAUGU